AUGGCCGGCCACGGCGCCGGCCGCCGAGCCUCCACCUCGAGGGCCCUCAUGGCCCGCCGCGCCGACCCGGAGACCAACGAGAACGACGACCUCGCUGCGCCCUCACCCACCGCCGUGGCCGGUGCCGCGCUGCCGUUCAUGCUGCCGCCGAGGUCGCCGCUGGCGGCCAUCGCGGACCCGGGGAGGAACCCGCGGUCCGCGCCGGCCACGCCCAAGUCGCUGGCGGGCACGCCCCGGGCCUGCAGGGAUCGGACCUCCUCCAUCGGGACGUCGUCGAGGAGGGCCUUCGACCUCAGGGAUCUCGCCGCCGCCGAGGUGCCCGUCGAGGUGCCGUACUUUGAGCUCGACGAGGACCCCGCGUUCUGGAAGGAUCGCAACGUGCAGGUGUUGAUACGGAUAAGGCCCAUCAGUGCGGCCGAGAGCACCGCGCACGGUCAGAGAAGAUGCCUGGUACAGGAUAGCUCAAAGACGCUGAGCUGGACAGGACACCCAGAGACAAUGUUCACGUUUGACCAUGUUGCAUGCGAGACAAUAUCACAGGAGAAAUUGUUCAGGGUUGUUGGUUGUCCAAUGGUGGAGAACUGCAUGUCUGGAUACAAUGGCUGUUUGUUUGCCUAUGGACAGACAGGAAGUGGGAAAACAUACACGAUGAUGGGCGAGCUUAGUAAGCUGGGCAAUGAACUUAGCAAAGACUCUGGUUUGACACCUCGCAUUUUCGAGUAUCUUUUUGCUCGAAUAAAAGAGGAAGAGGAGAGGCGAAGAGAGGACAAACUGAAAUAUAUAUGCAAAUGCUCCUUCCUGGAGAUAUAUAAUGAACAGAUAACUGAUCUACUUGAACCAUCAUCAACCAAUCUUCAGAUCCGUGAAGAUAUAAAGAAAGGUGUAUAUGUUGAGAACCUAAUGGAAUGUUCUGUGUCAUCUGUUAAAGAUGUUAUGAUGUUAUUGUUACAGGGGGUUGCAAAUAGGAAAAUGGCAGCGACAAAUAUGAAUAGUGAGAGCAGCCGUUCACAUAGUGUCUUCACUUGUGUCAUUGAGAGUCACUGGGAAAGAGAUUCAAUGACACACCUCCGCUUUGGGAGGUUAAAUUUGGUUGAUCUUGCUGGUUCCGAGAGGCAGAAAAGUUCAGGUGCUGAAGGAGAACGCUUGAAAGAAGCUGCAAACAUUAAUAGAUCAUUGUCAACUCUUGGGCUUGUUAUAAUGACUCUGGUGGAUGUUGCCAAUGGGAAAAACCGACAUGUGCCCUAUAGAGAUUCAAGGCUUACAUUUCUCCUUCAGGAUUCUCUAGGAGGGAAUUCUAAAACAACAAUUGUUGCCAACGUUAGCCCUUCUAUUUGUUCCUCCAGUGAGACAUUGAGUACCUUGAAGUUUGCACAACGUGCUAAGAUGAUCCAAAAUAAUGCCAAAGUAAAUGAAGAUGCGUCAGGAGAUAUUAUGGCAUUACAAAGGCAGAUAGAAAAUUUAAAGGAUCAAUUAACUUGCUUGAAGAAGCAACAAAAUGUCCCUGGAUCACCUAGCUUUCAGCUUUUAAAAUCAGGCUAUGAUAAUGAAUUCAAUAGUUUGGGCGGAGUCGAUGAUCAGUCAGCCUGUGAUUUGGAUCUCCUAAAGCAAAAGGUUAGCCAUCUGGAAGAUGUUUUGGUUGGGAGUCUUAGGAGAGAGAAAUCAGCGGAGACUGAAAUGAGGAAGCUGGAAUGUGAAAUAAAGCGUCUGAACCGUAUGGUCAACCUGAUGGAAUCUGAUGCACGGCAGUUGAGAAUGACGGUUAAACUUCGUGAUGAAAAAAUAAGAAGAUUGGAUUUAUUAGCCGAAAACCUGAUAUCAUCUGAUGGCUAUCUGAUGGAUGAAAAUGCUGCAAUGUUCCAAGAGAUUCAGUUACUGCAAGAGCAAAUCAAUGAUAAUUCUCAACUAGCUCAGUUUGCUUUGGAAAACAAGAGAUUAAUUGAGCAAGUUAGAACACUUGAGAAGUUCUGCAAGCAAGGGGAGCGAGAAAUGUUGUUAACGGAGAUAUCUCUUUUGCGUAAUCAUUUCCUACAUAUUCUUGAGCAGAAGUAUGCAAGACCCCCUAAAAAUAUUGAUGCUCAGGGUGAUGUGAUUAUCAAGGAGCUGAACACCUGCAGGAAGGAAUUGGACGCAUGCUUAGAAAACAAUGUUCUGCUAGCACGUGAAGUAAAUAAGCUACGCUGUGAACUGAAGCAGUACCAGAACUGCAGUACAGAUCAAGUUGCUUCUGAUGUCAAGGAGAGCUCUGUGACACCAAGGACCAGUCAUAUGCAACAUGAUCAAGCAGGAUGGUGCAGUUCGUAUUUGGAUUCAAUUGAUGUUGAAAAGCAAUUCAUGGAUGCUGGGACCAGUACUGAUAUUACUGAAUCACUUGAACUUAAUCCACCUUCAGAAAUUUAUAGUGAAAGCCAGGAAUCUCCUUCUCAUUUGCAUUUCUCUGAUUGGGAAAGAUGUGAUUUGAAGGAUUCUACAAAAGUGCAAGAGCAUGGUGGUGUAUUGUCCCAAAGCUUCAGUUCAACCCAUUGUCCUUCACAUAAUCUACUUGACAAGGGAAUAGUUUUGAAUGGACAAUUGGAGAAUAAAUGUGGAUCAGAUUUUGUAGAAAGGGAUGGAACGAGUCGAGUAAAUGAAAAUGCAGCUAAGGCGUGUGUGCAUGAUGAGACAUCUUUGUAUCAUCAAAAUGAGAUAUUGCGUUCAAGUGAACAGUUAUUACAGGAUGAAUUGGCAUAUAUUAAAAGCAUAAAUGGAGGUCUCAGAGAGAAGCUAGUUAUUAUGGCUGAAGAAAGUACCAAGCUUUCAGAGAUCAUUGUUGCCAAAGAUGUAGAAAUUACCACUUUGUCAGAGGAAUGGGAGUCUGCAAUUGUUGAUCUGACAAGCUUCUUGACAGAUGGUUGCAAAUCUUUAGAUGAUGCAUAUCAGAAUAUAGAUAAUAUGAUUAGCUCAUUUCCUCAAAACAAUCAUUCUGUCAGUGAACAUGUGGAGAAAGCUAUGAAAGUUAGCAUCAAGAAGGAAAAAAUAAUUUAUAGGCUUCAAAGUGAGCUGCAAGCUGCACAGAGAAUGGGCAGGGAGGUGAAAGAAAAGUUGCACAUUUUGAGAGGUGCUACUCUUGCUAUCACUGAAGCUCAGCUAUUUGAUAGCGCUGAAUCCCAGGAAGCACUAAAACCACUAGAUUUAACCCAUCAAAAAGAUUGUGUAGUGCAAGAACAAAAAUGCAAGAUGAAACCAAAAAGUUGCUUAUUUGCAGAAGAAGCAGAAGAGUUUUCUUGUCUUGCGUUUCACUUACCGGAUAAUGUGGGUACUGCAGAAGUAACUCAGUACAGAGAUGGGUCAGUAGUCAAUCAAGCUAACACACUCUGCCAGUCAAAGCUUGAAGAUGUGUUGCAUCUUGUUGAAGACAAAUCAAAUAAGGUUCUUGCCUUAUUUUCAAAUUUUGAGGAAGCUCAAGAAACCAUGGAAGAAGCUGAAACUAUGCUGUCAUCUUUGUUGAAGGCCAACGAGGAGCUAAAACUUGAAAAAGACAAUUGCAGGCAAGCAGUGGAACUGUUGUUGGUUGAGAAAACUUCUUUGAUCAAUGAUUUGCAGGAGCUUGAAACAUCAAAUUCAUUUACCGCACUGAGGUAUGACAAAUUGCAUGAACAAGUAAAUGAAUGUGUAGCAGAGAUGACAAACCUUGCUACUAUUAUUAAAGAAUCUUUUCAUCAAAUACAAAGAAUUACUACAGUAGAACUCUUUGCGUUCUGCUCGGAAGUUAUCAAUUUUGGUCAGGACCUGAGGAAAUGGGUAUAUGAAUCAAGGUCUUAUCUUAUUAACAUGGGAGCACUUCUAGAAGAACAAGGCAAUUAUCAUACUGAGCAGAUCCAUCGCACUAAUUCAAGUACUUAUGCAGGAGUAUCUCAACAAGUUGAGUCAUGUUCACGUCAGUUGGGUGGUACAAAUGGUGAAUUUUAUCAAGGAACAUCUAUGGUUUUAGAUGGAAAGAAAAAGCCAUCUGUGCAUGUAGUUCCCAUUGGCAGUAGUGCAGAACUGGAAGAUAGCAAUGUAGAAAAGACAUUCGAUAUGGAUUAUGCAUCACUAAGAAGAGAGUUUGACAGGAAAAGUGAUGUUGCAGAAGGAUUGUCUUUUGAUCUUAAACUACUGCAAGAGUCUACCUCACAAGUGAAGGACAUGAAAGACAAAGCUGAUGAAAUAUCAGAUGCCCUUGUCAGUGUUCAAAGAGAACUUGAAAAGAAAAAUUCUGCAAUGGAAAGCAUGCUGAAACAAAAAAAAGCGCUAGAGAAAGAGCUGGCUGAAAAUGGUGCUGCACUCCUAAUCUUAAGGUCUGAGUUAGAACAUUCUGAAAGUUUGUCAUCAGAGUUGUUCAAGGAGAACAACGAUCUCAAAGUGAUGUUGGAAGAGGAAACUAUGAUGAUUAGUCAAACAAAAACACUGCUGGAAGACAAAUCUAAGAUUAUAGAGGGAUUGGAGCACCAAAUACUUUUGCUUAAUUCUUCUGAUGAGGGACGCUUGAUGUCACAUAUCAAAGAAAUAAAUGAUAACCUUAAAGUUAUAAGUAUUGACAAGGGAAAUCUUGAAGAAGAAAUACUCAAGUUAACUGACAAGCUCGAAAUGGCUGUGGCUUUAGCUGAGGAGAAUGAAGCUGCUUCUAUUGAAGCUCGUCAAGCUGCAGAGAUAAGUAAGGUAUAUGCUGAGGAGAAAGUGGAAGAGGUUAGGAUUCUUGAACGUUCUGUUGAAGAACUUGAAUCUACUAUAACUGUUCUGGAGGAAGAAGUAUGUAACCUUAAAGAAGAAGUGAAGAGUUAUCAAAUAUAUAAACAAUCUGAAGCUGAACAAGCUCAAGAGAUGUUCAUUGUAGAAAGCACAUCAAAAUGUGAUGCCAAGGAGCAAUUGUGUCCAGGGAGAUGCCAAUUAGAAAAGAGGUUGAAAGCAGAGAUUAUUGCACAUCAGGAUGCUAGAAGAAAGAUUGAAUGUCUCACAGUGGAAGCCAGUUGUAAAGAUGAGGAGAUAAGGCAAUACAAAGAGCACAUAGCUGAGCUGGUCCUUCAUUCAGAAGCACAGUCUUUGCUUUUCCAGGAGAAGUAUCAGGAAAUGGAGCACAUGAUUUCUAAACAGAAGUUUGGUCUACAUGAAUCUAAUUCUGAUUCUGGCCAUACCAAAAUAGAAAAACCUUCAGGACGAACACGAGGAUCCGGUUCACCUUUUCGAUGCAUAUCUAGCAUAGUUCAACAGAUGAACUCUGAAAAGGAUCAAGAAAUUUCAGUGGCACGCCAGCGGAUUGAAGAACUAGAAGGAUUGGUUUCUAAUAAACAGAAAGAGAUCUGCUUGCUAACAUCGAGACUGGCUGCUGUGGAUAGCAUGACACAUGAUAUUAUAAGGGAACUACUUGGUGUCAAAUUAGACAUGACAAACUACGCUAACAUGCUUGACCAGGAAGAGUUGCAGAAAUUGUUAAUAGCUUCCCAGCAACAAAUUGAACAGUCAAAGUCAAAGGAUGUGGAACUAUAUAUGCUCAAAGAACAAUUUGGUCAUCUCAUUCAAGAAAGGGACAGCUUGCUUGAUGAUAUGGACCAAAGAAAGGCCGACUUGUUGGAGAGCCAACUGCUCGUGGAACAGCUUGAGCAACGGGAGCAAAUGCUCGAAGCCCAGAACGAAUUGUUGCAGAUGGAGAAAGAUAACCUUCAACAGAGGGUCAUGGAAAUGGACGAAAAAAUCGAAAUGCUAGCAGUGUCAAGUCAAGCGAUUGCAGAGCCAACGCUCCAGAUGGGAGAAAAUCAUCGUUCGGCGGGCAGUAGUGAAUUCAGCAGGAGAUUGGCCCAAUCGGAUAUGCUUCUCUCCCACGCGAGACAUGAGCAUUCACGAAUCCAUGCUGCAAAGCCCUCGAGGACGCAUCAUCGUGGUAGACAUCAGUGAAGCCCUGGCUGAACAUGAAUCACAUCAGACGACACUUCUUGUGUCUGAGCCGCCACCUCCCUGACACUGCAAGCCUAUUUUUCUGAAGAUGUAGUGUCGAAAUGGUGAUGACUGAAGAAAACCUUAGCUCUCCAGGUCUAUGGAGGCCAUCCACUGUAUUUAUGCUUUGUGAAGAUUUUUCCUCCUCCCACAUGUACAUGGCAGCUACGGCUUAUUUAAACUUCUUCAACGAGUCAUUGAGAUGCUUGUUUGCAGCUCUCGGUUGCCAUUCUAUUUUUUGUACUGGCAUUGGCUGUAUAUUCACUGUAUAAAUCUAUUAUCAAGGUAAAGUAAUGUAAAAGGUAGCCUUCUGUAGUUCUGUUUGCUGUUAUGGCCUAGAAAUUCCUAUAUUAAUUAGGGAAAACAACAAUAACGAUACAAUUUUCGGUUUUAGAUGAAAAAUGAA